AACAAAAAAAGUGUGCCAACGGGAAGUGCGGGAAAACCUGGAAGACUUUUUGAUUAUCCAAGACAUAGUGGCACCGUUCAUUUUAGCAGAUGGCAAAAUGUCAAGUAAACGUGAAAAUAGCGCACCACCUGCCUAUGCCUGUAAAAGUCCAUUCCAUGGCAAUACACCACUUGUUGCAUCUUCACAUUCUCGGGUGAACACAAGAAUAAAUAAACGAGGGAGCAGGGGUAUUAAGUGCAGAAGGAAGUGUCUCCAUCCACCUCUUCUUAGAAAACGAGAAAACGAAAGUCAGUGGCUCUGCCUCAUCAAAAGACAUUGCUUGUCGUCAGUAGAACAGGCGUCGGCACGAUUGCAGCUUGUUUCUUGGGGUGACUUGCUCGUAAAAAAGACCAUCAAAUUAAGAUAACAUUUAAUUAAAUUAACAUUUGUCAACGUUUGUAGGGCAGUCAACAGUGACGCGGCCAUUUUUGCCAGCGAUCAGUCGUGUCGCCAUUUUGACAGUCAGUCUGCCGGUAACUUUUUGUGGUUUUACUUAAACAGACUCACCACAUCAUGGCUACCCGCCAGCCUCAAAUUGUCAACUCACUAACAGACUGUGAACGGGCACUACAAGACCUCAAAAGAGAACCGUACCUGGCUGUUGAUGGAGAAGGUGUACACCUCAGCAAGACCGGUCCUUUAACCCUCCUGCAGAUAGGAACUAAAGAAGGACAGGUCUAUCUCUUUGAUGUCCUCACUGAGCCACGAAUGCUAAAGACAGGUGGACUGAAAUCAAUUCUGGAAAGUGAUACCAUCGUCAAGGUGAUACAUUCCAGCACGAAUGACGCCGAGGCGCUGUACUGGCAGUUCGGGUUGAAGCUGCACAACGUGUUUGACACGCAGCUGGCUCACAUGGAGCUGCAGCGAGCCGAGGGACGACGUUACCCCAGCCGCAUGAAGCUGGCCGAGGCGUGUGAAGUCUACUGCCCUCAGAAAGCCGCCCUCUUACAGGAGAAAGAACAAGUACAGACACAGUGGAGCAAGCUUGAAGGCAGUUUUUGGGCAAAGCGACCGUUAACACCAGAAAUGAUCAAGUACGCCAGUCAUGAUGUGCUGGUCCUCAUUCCGGAAGUGUAUUCGGCGAUGAAGAGCCUAGUGGAGUCCAAGGGCCUGACAAGGCAGCUGAACGAACGAACUCGUGAAGACAUUGAGGCUACAAUGGACAAGCAAGUGAAGGACAGAAUGGAGAAAAACGAACAAGCCUUGGUUCUUCAGAUUCUUCGGGAUUUUGCAAAGACCUCCCGCCCUCCAGAUCGACUGUCGGACAUCAAAGAUGAGGAUGUAUUAAUCGCAAUCUCCAAGUUGCCAUGUGACAGCACGAAGGUGGAGGGUUUGCCGAGUAAUAUCCAGAGCCUCAAGAUUCAAAGCCUCAGAAGCAAGGUCGAGGAAGUAGAGAAGGAACUAAAUGAAAAGGGAGAACACAUUGCCCCUGGAAGCCACAUGUUUGGGCUCCUGAAUGUCAUCAUACGUCACUCGGGAGACUUCGUACUGAAGGACCUGGCACAAAAAAUUCAAAACCGAUUAGAUGCAAUCGCACUUCGAGACAUGGAGAAGAAGUAUGACAGGCAGACACCCAUCCAGCACGUGGCGGAGUUCGAGAAACGACUUCUGAGUCGAUGCCUGCGUCCUAAGGGGGAGAACGACCCCACGGUGAACCCUGUGGUGCUGCGCCUGUACUGGCUGCACCAGGAGGAGAGCGUGGACACCAGCGUGCAGCAGUCAACCGAGAACCCAGGCGCUUUCCAGAUCAACGAAGGCUACACUAAGAAGCUUCGUUUCUAUCUCAGUUCACCGGAAGUGCCCUUUAGAUUGAAAGCGAAGGCCAAGAACUUUCUGGAGCGCCUGCAGGCAGUGGGUAAAGUUCAAAGGCCACCACCUCGGAGGGGAAGGGCCACGAGGCGCUUUAAUGUGCGCGACUACGAUGAUGACGACGACUAUUACGAUGAUACAUUUAGGGACUAAUAUGAGACCGUUGAUUAUCUCGAUAACGACGAUUACUUUUAAAAUGACGAUGUUACAUGAAUGUAACACUGGCGUUACACUACAUCACAAACCUGGUUAUCUCGAGGACCACGACGAUGACUAUUUCUGUGACAGCGAGUAACCACCAUCACAGUAACAAUUUGAAUAUGACGAAGUUGACUGUGACUGUGAAACUGGCUGUAGACCUAUAUCACUGUAAAGACUGUAACUCUAUACUAUAUUACAGUAUAGAUUGACUCUAUACUAAUAUCACAGUGGAGACUGGCUCUAUACCAAUAUCACAGUAUAGAUUGACUCUAUACCAAUAUCACAGUAUAGACUGUCUAUAUACCAAUAUCACAGUAUAGACUGGCUCUAUACCAAUAUCACAGUAUAGAUUGCCUCUAUACCAAUAUCACAGUAUAGACUGCCUAUAAACCAAUAUCACAGUAUAGAUUGACUCUAUACCAAUAUCACAGUAUAGACUGUCUCUAUACCAAUAUCACAGUAUAGAUUGACUCUAUACCAAUAUAACAGUAUAGACUGACUCUAUACCAAUAUCACAGUGUAGACUGUCAAUAUACCAAUAUCA